AUGAUUAUUCCAAAGGCUGACAGAAGACAAAUCUACAUGACAUUGUUCAAGGACGGUGUCUUAGUUGCAAAGAAGGACUUCGAGAUCCAACACGAUGAGCUUGCCACCAAGAACUUGUACGUCAUCAAGGCCAUGCAAUCCUUGACCUCCAAGGGCUUUGUCAAGACCCAAUUCUCAUGGCAAUACUACUACUACACCUUGACUGACGAAGGUCUUGACUUCUUGAGAGAGUUCUUGGGUGUCCCAGAAGGUAUCGUUCCACAAACUUUAAUGGAACAGCCAAUUCCUCAAAGACAACAAAACUUCAGAAGAGAAGGUGGUAGAAGAUUUGACGGUGACAACGGUUACAGAAAGAGAAACAGAGAUUAG